CUCUACCUGGUUUUGACAUGGAUGGUUUCAUUAUGCAGGCUCCUAAGGUCCUUGUUCACCCUUAUAUUUUUUUAUUCCUGGCUUUUUGAUUUCCAGUCCUGUGACAGCUGCUUCAUAGUAAAAAUAUUCCAAAGUGCUGCCAAACAAGACAGUGAUUUCUGGGGUGUAGUUUCAGACUAUGCAAGAUCACCAACCUGGGAGUAUGACAGCCUUCACCCAAGGCUAAAGUUGUCUGAUGACCGUCUUGUAGUAAGCUGUAAUUGGAGGAGGAUAUUUUACCCCUGUGGUCCCCAGAGAUUCGAUAAAUUAUGGCAAGUGCUAAGCAGAGAUGCAUUCCUCUCUGGGAGUCAUUACUGGGAAGUGGACCUGCUUCAUGCUGGAGUAGGAUGGUGGAUUGGCAUAGCCUACCCUUCCAUUGGCAGGAAAGGAGACUCUGAAAUGUGUCGACUGGGCUGGAAUAGAGCAUCGUGGUGCCUUAAGAAGUUUGGUUUUGAAUGCUGGGCAUUUCACAAAAGGGAGAGAAUCCCUAUCCAGCUAGAAGAUGAUCCUGAUCGCAUUGGCAUUUUUCUGGAUUAUGAAGCAGGAAUCCUUUCAUUCUACAAUGUUACUGAUGGCAUGGCUCAUUUGCACACCUUCCGCUGCAAGUUCACAGAACCAGUUUACCCAGCCCUGAGGCUCUGGGAAGGCGCCAUUGGAAUAUGCAAACUAACAUAAGGAAUGAAGCAAAAUAAAACCUACUAUGCUUUUCCUAUGAAAUUCACUUUGGCAAUGAGCUACAUGAAUGAAUCUCUGUUAUAUGAAAGUUGUAACUGUGAUGCUUUCAGAAGGAAACAGUUAAGUUCAAGAAAACCAACUGUAAUUUUUAAUGUAUAUCCAUUUUUCAG